UUCAUUCAUUCACUCGCUCAGAGGCCGUCAAGCCAGCAGGAAUACCGAAAGCAGUAACCAGUUGUCUUAAAUUUCAAAAAAAGGGAAACAAAUACGAGGAGUCAUGUGCAAACUAAGUGACAAUCCUUUGGACAGAAAGGUCUCGUUGCUCCGAAAGUUUAUCGUAAAAUACCGAGAGGAGUUCGAUAAGAAGGUCAACUUUCGGGGGCUGCAGCAUGCCAUCGAUGCUAUUGAUAAGGCCAUGCUGGGGUACGAGGGUGAGGCGAAAGAAAGGCUGGACAAGGUGCGGGACUUGAACUCGACGGCCCGGCUCACGUACAAAAGGUGUGUUGACCUGAUCUUUGAGUGGAGUGUCUCAGCCUCGGAGACUUACAGGACCCUCCUUCCCGUCAUUCGGAGAGAGGGUCUGGCCGCGUCCGACAGAAAAAUCAUUUUUGAUAUCGUCUCCGAGUCGCUCAGUAGUGGUCUUCCGAAAAUAAAAGAGUCUCUCGAGCUCCUCCAGAAAGAGGUUCUGGUGAAAGUGACCGAGCUGAGAGAUCUAUUCAAGUCCAUUGAGCACGACGUCCACUCUGAUUUCGGAGAAAAUGGAUUUUAUGGAAAAAAGAAGCAAGAGCUGAUGAAUAAGAUCAACGAAAGCCACAAACUGCGAACUGCCGUCAUUUUUGGCGCCAUUACUGGCAUCUUCGGGCUCAUCGGUGGUCUUAUAUUCGGACCCAUUGGAGCGGGUAUUGGCCUGGCGGCUGGAAUAGCGGUGUCCUUCGGAGUGAAGUCGCUCGUUGAAUGGCAGGAGCAGAAGGACCCUAAGAAACAAUUGGAGGGCAUCGAGUGUUUCUUCCAGCUCAUCACCGAAAAACUUGGGAGAGCCCAAAAGGUGAUAGGCGAUGUUAUAAAGGCCCUGGAGGAAGAUAAGAAAAAUGUUAUCGAACUCAUAGGGAACUGUGAGAGUACAAGCGAUUGUAAAUAUAUGUUACUGCUGGAGGACUCGUUCUCCCGGAACAAGUUUGCUGAGAAUCUGGAGGGCCUACAAAAACUGUGCCAAGAAUAUGCCAAAUGGCACGGAUAUGAUCCGGUACGGUAUGCUGCAGCUGGAAACUAAUCAUCUUCUGAUCCAUAACCAAUAAAAACCUGUUACCGCAGCCCUUCUGUGGCCCCGAGGCCUGGCUGGACUGGCCCACGGUGCGUAUACGUAAUGUUCAAAGCAAUAAAGUAAACGACAGCC